AUGCUACACCGGUCUGCCUCAGCGAAUGCUGUGGCGACUCUUCGGAGACGUAGCAGGUCCUUUUCCAGUGUCAGUGGACAAACCACUGGUCGGCCGUUCUUAAGAAGAACGUUGUCGCAGAGCAGCAACAUAUCGAUGGUCUCCUCGCUCAACUCGAACCAGAAGCUGAGGGACGAGUCCUUCAAUGAGUUCUGGCAUUUCUUGUCUGGGGACGAGUACUACGGGGCGGUCAAUUCGCUGUGGGAUAAGUUGCCCCAGGACACGAAGGACAUCUUCGUUGCGAAAGUGGUCCAGAAACGGCGCAGCACAAAGUGGACCUACGAGGACGUAGGGGACCUGUUCACGGACCAGGCUGUACCCACGAAGAACUCGUUUAUGCACUAUCGAAGGCGGGUGUCUCCCUAUUUCAGGAAUAAUGCGCCCGGGAUCCGAGAGUCUGUCAUCUCAAAGACCGUGGCAGAUAUAUACAACAACGAGCUGACGGACGAGGAGCGGCUCGAGCUCAAGAGGGAGGCUGAGCAUCUGAGAGCCCAGACGUUAGCCGAGAGGAUCGAGAUCGCACAGCGAUACGUCGAGUUGAACACAAGAGGGCUCGAUGCAGACCCAUUUCUGGCGGAGGUACGGCAGUGGCGCGAAGAGAACCGGUCUUUGGCACCCUCGGUACAGCAGGUAAAUAGUUUGGUCGAGAAAUUAGACUUGGGCAAGGCGGAACCUGCUGUUGCUGUUGCUGCUGCUGCUGCCGCUAAACCGAGCUCAUUUGUCGGUGAAUUGACUGCUCAGUCCCGGAAGUUACUCAAUAAGUUCAAGUCCAAGUCCAAGAAGAAGAGGGGGAAGAACAAGAGCAAAAGCAAGAAGGCCGCGGAUGCGAGACCAUUGGAGAUUCUUGUUCCCCUGUGA